AUGGGUCAAAUUCUGAUAAUAUCGAAUAGCCAAGUCAUCUUCAAGGCCCUUGUCUCGUCUGGCCCCGUCGUCGUCGACUUCUUCGCGACCUGGUGUGGACCCUGCAAGACUGUCGCUCCCAUCGUCGGCAAGCUCAGCGAGCAGCACGAGAAUGUCCGUUUCCUGCAGGUGGACGUGGACAAAAUGCAAGCUGUUGCGAAGGAACUUAGCGUCAAUGCGAUGCCCACCUUUGUGCUGUUCAAGGAUGGCCAGGAAGCCGGUCGGGUUGUCGGCGGUGAUAUGAAGAAACUGGAGGCUGAGAUCAAGAAGAUUUCAGCAUGA